AUGGGUUCAUCUACCUCUAAAUCAACAGUUGGUCCAAACAAAGAUACCAUGAUUGAAGACGAUCCAGAAAUCAUCCACGAAAAGACUCCUUAUUCUGCUACUCCCAACGAUUUUCAAGAACAUUUUAAAGACCUUGAUAUCUCUGAUAAUAACAGAACUCAGCUGGAUAUUAACCCUCUUUCAGAAUCAACAUUGGCCAAAUGGGAAGAUGAUUUCAAAGCACAAACCAAGAAUAUAUUGACUCAGAAUGCAUUUGCAAAGAAUGCUAUUACCAAUAUUAUUGCCAAGAGCAAUGUCAAUGAACAAUCUUUGAAGGAUAGAUACUUGUUCAAUAUCACAGUUGAUACUAUUGGUUCUCCUUCUCACCUCAAUAACCAAAUGCUGUCGGGCAGAUGCUGGAUUUUUGCUUCUUCAAACGUUUUUAGAACCCAUGUGAUUAAGAAUUACAACUUAAGAGAUGAUGAGUUUCAAGUUUCUCAAACUUACUUGUAUUUUUAUGAUAAAUUGGAAAAGGCUAAUUUCUUUUUGGACAAUAUUGAAGACACCGUUGACGAAGAUUUGGAUUCAAGAUUGAUUAAUUACUUGUUUAGUGCUCCUGUCAAUGAUGGUGGUCAAUGGGAUAUGAUUGUCAACUUAGUCACCAAGUAUGGUUUGGUUCCAAAUGAAGUUUUCCCAGAUAAUGCUCAGUCUACGAGUUCUUCUAAAUUAAACUACAUUGUUACUGAGAAAUUGAGAGAAUAUGGUCUUAAGCUCAGAGACUUGAUCAAGAAAGACGCACCAAAGGAUGUUGUUUCGUCAUUCAAGGCGAGUGCCUUGAAGUCCAUUUACAAGACCAUUGCAUUGGCAUUAGGUACUCCACCAAAACCAACCGAUGAAUUUGUAUGGGAAUUCAUUGACAAGGAUGGAAAGUAUAAACAUUUUAAGACCACUCCAUUAGAUUUCUACAAAACUCAUGUUAAAUAUGAUGCUGCUGCACACUUUUCGUUAAUCCAUGAUCCAAGAAAUGCCUAUGAUAAGUUGUACACUGUUGAUAGAUUAAACAACAUUUCAGGCGGUAAGCCAAUUGAAUAUGUGAACCUUGAAAUCGACCAAAUCAAAGAUGUUGCAAUUAAGAUGUUGAAGGACAAUGAACCUAUUUUCUUUGGUUCUGAUGUUGGUAAAUUUUCUGAUUCAACAACAGGUAUUUUAGACACCACCGCUUAUGACUAUUCUACGGCAUUCGACUUUGAUUUGAACAUCAAUAAGCUGGAUAGAUUGAAAGUGGGAUCUUCAAUGAUGACUCAUGCUAUGGUCAUCACUGGUGUGCAUGUUGACCCUGAAACUAAUAAACCUGUAAGAUGGAAGAUUGAAAACUCUUGGGGUGAAAAGCUGGGUGAAAAGGGUUGGUUUUUGAUGACAGAUGAAUGGUUCAAUGAAUACGUUUUCCAAAUUGUUACAAACAAAAAGUAUGUAUCAAAGAAGGCUUAUGAUAUUUGGAAGGGCAAGGAAUUCAACGUCUUGCCUUAUUACGAUCCAAUGGGUGCAUUAGCUUAA